GUUAUCCAACCGAUUCAAAUUACUAAGCCAACUAAUUGAUGUUAGGUUGUCCAAUUGAAUUUAGGUUUUUUAAAGGACCAUGAAUGUGUGGCUAGCUACUGUCUGUCUGUCUUGUAGCAGAAAAAUAGGAAAAAAUCAAAUAUGUUUGGAGGAAACAAACAAAUGUCUAAUUUUUGGAAAGAAACCAAAUCAAUGCAUGCCGUUGAUGUUUUGUGUCUGUCCUAUGGUGCUUCAGUGCUUUCACGGCCGAAAACUGAAAGAGAGUUCUGAACUGAAACAUCUCCUCCCAUGAUAUUAGCUUUAUAUUUAUUUUCAUCCAAACAUGAAGCACAGUUCAAGGCAACAGCGUCAGCCCGAGCUUUUCUGGCCGCGCGUGGUGGUUCGCAAGUGGCUCAACAUCAGCGCCCAAGAUUCCGAUUAUAGCGCCGAUACUCAAUCAGACUCCGACUCCGACUCCGAUUCCGAUCGCGACCAAGAUGUCUGUGAGUGGCCAAGGCAGUCGCGGUUUAAGGAUGCGAGAGGCGGCGAAGUUGGAAGGGAAGCGAAUGAAGAAGCUGUUCUCAGGACACGAAGACGAAAAUCAGAGACAUUUCGGGCACAGUAUAUAAACACAAAGGAAAUUAGAGUAUGCGCUGGCACAUGGAAUUUUGGAGGAAAAGUUCCUCCUGAUGAUCUAGAUCUUGAUGGUUGGUUAGAUAUUGAUGUGCCUGCUGAUAUUUAUGUGCUCGGAUUUCAGGAGAUCAUUCCAUUAAAUGCUGGUAAUAUCUUUGGGGCUGAAGAUAGCCGUCCUAUUCCAAAAUGGGAGAACAUCAUCCGAGAAACUCUCAAUAAAAUCCCUCCUGUAGAUAAGUUCAAGUCUUACAGUGAACCUUCUUCUCCAUCGAGGUUUAAACCAUCUGAAGGUUUCCCUGAUAUUGAAGAGGAAAUUGCACUAGAGUUUGACAGUGAUGGUGAGGAGGAAAUUGUUCCAUUAAAUGAAGAAUGUAAUGAAUUUGUUGAAGCCAAUAAUAUAACCAUGUCGGGCAACGAUACCGUUGUCAAUGCUGAUGUGUCUGCAUCCAGUGGUGGUCAUGAGUUGACCAUGCCAAUCAAAGUGGGGGUUGAGAGGCUAUUUUCUUCACCAAAGAGGUUGGAUAGGUUGAAUUGCUUAAGAACUGAAGAAAGUGAAGAAAAUGUAGAGGAAAUGAAUAUUCAUUAUGACAAGAAAUUAACCAAAACGCUUAGUGGAACAGAGAAGAUUGGCCUGAGUUGGCCAGAGACACCACUAGAUCUUCUACCUCAGUGUGUUAUAGAAAGAGCUAAUUCCUUUAAAUCUAGGAAAUCAUUUAAGGCUUCAUUAUCUAUUGGAGCAUAUGGUUCUUUCAAACCAACCACUUAUGGCCAAAAUAGAAUGCAAUCUGAUGUGGCUUCACUUGCAAAAGUGGACCUUGAAUCUUUAAUAAAGCGUAAAAGAAGGCCAUCAUAUGUGAGGAUAAUAAGUAAGCAAAUGGUUGGCAUUUUCUUAACUAUAUGGGUACGCAGGAGUUUGCGGAAGCAUAUACAGAAUUUGAAUGUUUCUACAGUUGGUGUUGGUGUAAUGGGCUAUAUAGGUAACAAGGGAUCAAUAUCGGUUAGUAUGUCUAUAUACCAGACUUUCUUCUGUUUCAUUUGUACUCACCUAACAUCAGGUGACAAAGAUGGGGAUGCAGUCAAAAGAAAUGCCGAUGUGCUUGAAAUUCAUCGGAGGACGCAUUUUAAUACAUAUUCUAGUACUGGCCUUCCUAAAAGUAUAAAUGACCAUGAGAGAAUAAUCUGGCUUGGUGAUUUAAAUUAUCGUAUCAAUUUAUCAUAUGAAAAAACACGGGAGCUAAUAUCCAAAAAAGAUUGGCCUAAGUUAAUUGAAAACGAUCAGCUCAGUAGAGAGUUCAAGAAAGGGCAUGUCUUUGACGGAUGGUCUGAAGGGAUUCUAAGAUUUCCACCAACGUAUAAGUAUGAGAUAAACUCAGAUAAGUACCAUGGAGAGGAUCCAAGACCUGGGAGACGAACUCCAGCAUGGUGUGACCGAAUCCUUUCAUACGGGAAGGGAAUGCGCCUACUUAGCUAUAGGAGAUCUGAACUUCAACUUUCUGAUCACAGGCCAGUGACAGCAACUUAUAUGGUAGAGGUCGAGGUAUUCUCAGCUAGGAAGCUGCAGCGGGCUCUCACCUACACUGAUGCAGAGAUUGAAAACGAGGAAGUUGUUACAGAUAUUGGAACUGACAGCAGAAUGAGCCGAUUGAUGACAGAAGAGGAUGCUUCAUUAUGGGGGCGCUAGAGAGGAUAACCUUUGGAAGAAGAGAAGAUGUUAGAGGUUAGAGGUUGAGGCAUCCAUGACUCUUCAUUCUUGUGAUUCUUUUAUUUGUGAAUGGCUCAUGUUGUAUGGUCUUAA